GCGGUGACGUCAAUCGGCUGCCCCUGUGCCUGCGCCGAGGAGACCCCGCAGUGAGCUGCCAACGCCCGGCGGAGCGUCCGAGGUUCUCUUUGGAGUUGAUACUCUAGUAGAUUUCAGCUAUGCAGACGAUCAAGUGUGUAGUAGUGGGUGAUGGUGCUGUUGGUAAAACCUGUCUCUUAAUUUCUUAUACAACAAAUAAAUUCCCAUCGGAGUAUGUACCAACGGUUUUUGAUAACUAUGCUGUAACAGUGAUGAUUGGAGGAGAGCCUUACACCCUUGGCCUCUUUGAUACUGCAGGUCAGGAAGACUAUGAUAGAUUACGACCCCUCAGCUAUCCACAGACAGAUGUAUUUCUGGUCUGUUUUUCAGUGGUCUCUCCUUCUUCAUUUGAAAAUGUGAAAGAAAAGUGGGUACCUGAAAUUACUCACCACUGUCCAAAGACUCCUUUUCUGCUUGUUGGGACCCAAAUUGAUUUAAGAGAUGAUCCCUCAACAAUUGAGAAACUUGCCAAGAACAAGCAGAAGCCCAUAACUCCAGAGACUGCUGAAAAGCUGGCCCGGGACCUGAAGGCUGUGAAAUACGUGGAGUGCUCUGCACUGACACAGAAAGGCCUAAAGAAUGUAUUUGACGAAGCGAUAUUGGCUGCCCUGGAGCCCCCGGAGCCGAAGAAGACUCGCAGGUGUGUGCUGCUAUGAACGUCCCUCCACAGCCCCUUCUGCAAAGCUGGUGUUUGAUGUCAUACUAAAAGCAAUGUUAAAAAUCAAACUAAAGAUACAAAUUUUAAGAUUUGUUUUUGCAAUAAUGACAAAUGCCCUGCACUCCCAUCUCCCCCACACGAUCCCUGUGUGAGAUGAGAAUGUUAGUGUUUAUUCCCCAGUGCCCUCUCAAUUCAGUUAAACUAGUUAAUUUUGAGUAAUUAUGUAUUAUCAGAAGACACUGAUCAUUACUAGUUUUUUAUUUUGUUUAUUGUUUCUAAUUUUUUUUUUUUGUUUAACAUCAAGGCAUGCUCAAUGACUUUUUCUGUAAUAGACUAAUUUUAGGCUGUUUAACUGAAGUCUUGCGCCUUACGUUGGUGUGGCAAGACUGGUUCUGGUUUCUAGACCUUGUAGGGCUGUCCUGCAGCCAGCCAGCAGCCUGGGUAUGAGCAGACUUUAGUCAGGAAAGCAAAAUGUCCCAAGCUGGUGCUCCUCUAAGAAGGAUUGUAGAAAAUACAUCUUCUCUGAAGUUGCCUUGUAUCUUUUUCCCCUGGCUUUUUAACUGUGCAGGUCAUAAGUUUAUACCCAAUCCUCUAAGUUACAAAGCCUUAGGAACAGGAGAAUGAAUUUUUUUUUUUUUUUUCUCGAUGUACCAUCAGACUUGAAACUAACUUGCUGGUCUCUUCCUUAAUCUUUGCCAUCAUAAUCUUUUGGCUCAUGAUGAAGAAAUAACUGCGCCUUUGGAAACACACCUAGCUGGGUCAGUUGGCUUUUAAUGAAUCUACCUUCUGCCAGUCCUUAAUUAUUAGAGAAAUGCUUACAGUGACCAGCACAUACACUGCUGCUUGGACACCCUGAAGGGACCUGGGAUAUGCUACAAUGGGUUUUUGAGCUGGCUCUGAUGGUGCAUCUCUUGCUAAAUGCCUUGGCAUCCUUCAGGGAGGGGUGGAAAGAUAAACCUGUGUCAGUUGAAAGGAAGUGCAGAGGGAGAGGCUUCUGGUGUUUGGUGUGACACCAUAUUGGGACCAGUUGAGGGAACUCCCUUUUUCUCAUGAGUGACCUUGAAACCUGUAAGAGGGGCUCCAACUCCUAAGGAUCGUGUACAGUGUCUCUACACAGACCAUCUGUGGUAUCCUAAGGAUUUUACCAAAAAUAUAUUUUGGUUUGCAAAUUCAAAAAAUUUUAAGACUUAGGGAAUCUCCUCCAUCUUCCAAAAUUUUCAAUUUCUUGUAGACCCAUUAGUGUUGAACCAAUGCUUUUUCAUGUCUAAGUUCUUUGUAUAUGCAUUCUUUUCAGAUGUAUUAAAGUAUCUUCACAAGCCUGCCUGAGGGUAGUUAUUUCCUUUGCCUUUCUCCUGAGUGUGAAGGAGUUGUAAAUAUGGCUUUUAUCCCUUGUGAGUCCAUCUCUCCUCCUUGUGAGCUAGCUUGGGUCUUUCCUUAAUGUCUAAUCCUUGUCAGUCUGCUUCUGGCCUCAGUCCUGUCAAAAUUGCUCUAAUCUUUCAUGCAACAUCUUUGCUGUCAGACCCCUAUUAAGAGAGGGUUUGGUAGUUCUCAACAAAAUAAAUACUCAGUGUGCAUGCUCCCAGAUAGUAAAAGCUGGCUUUUGGGGCUUAUUGGGCUCUUGUACCUCUUCUGUCGAGUUUCUUGUUCCCUGCUCAUGGGCAGAUUGCAGAAAGCCUAAAGGGACAAAUGACAUACUUAUCCCAAAACUGCACACACUUCAUCACACCUUUUUGUUCAUGCUUCAGAAGAAUAGUGAAUUCUUACACUGUUGAUGAUAACUUGUAUUUAUUGUUAAAAUACAUUAGCAAGAGCCUCGCUUUUCUUUUAAGAAGCUGAUUUUUGUGUACUCUAAUCGCAAAUCUUAGUGUAAAAUGUGUGGUUUUUACUUUUCAUAGUGAUUAGUGUUGCUGUUCAGCUUUGCAAUCUAGUUUUAAUUGCUGCCUUCUGUGGGAAGGUUUGGCUGGAACUCUGGGCUUCCUGGAGAAAAUUAUGCUGGUACUUGUUGGUGGCUGUUCUUACAGUUUCUUCACCUUGUAACAGCUAAUUCUAAUUCCUAUGUCUAAACACAGUAGCAAGACCAAGGGAUUGCCUGCAGGAAACUGCCUUGGGCAUGGAGGGAGAGCCCUUUAUGACUUCUUCAGAGUUACCCUGUCAAGCCUUUUCUGUCUUGGAUAUGCCCAAGUGGUCCCUCUGCAUACAUCUUCAUGGCAGUGAUCUCUGCCAGUCCUUUCAGCUAAGCAAUAAAUAAAGUCUGUUCUGUUGAAUCAGGGCUACAAGGUUAAACUUGGCUCUGGAGGGAAUCCAGGAGGUACUAGAUGAUGGAAAAGCAUACUUUUCAAGGAGUGGUGCUGUUUCCCUUCCUCCUAGUGUUGCAUUAGCUUUGCAGAAGUCUGAUAGCUCCCUGGAUCUGCUGGGACAUAGCUGUCCCAGGCCUGUGACUGGUUAAACAAGCUCAAAUGCUCUCCUGCUGUUUCACACUGUGCCUGCUUUUUUCUGGAGUGAGGCAGAGAGGUUUGUCUGAGGCCAGGUGUGGGAGGUGUGCUCUCUCUUGCCAGGUUCUUGAAUGAGCUCUGUGGUGACUGUCUUCUUUCCUGUAUGAAAGCAUGAAAAACUGUCAGAAGCUGGCAAAUCCACCACCUCCUUCCCCUUCUGGAACUGCUACUUUCAGCUCAUGGGAUUGAGGGCACAGGGCUUGAAGGCAGGUGGGAAUAUGUGGCACUUGUUCCAUCCUGAUAUGGCGAACGAGUCUGUAGUGUGAGCUGGGAUUUCCUCAUGUUGCUGACACAGGAUUUGCCUCUGCAGAUGUACUUGAGGCUCAGGGCUGUUGUCCUCUCACCUGUGAGGGCUACUGAGGUACCUGCACAAACAGAACAUGAGGUUUGGACUGGCUGCCUAGCCAGCUGCUACAUAAAAUCUGAGAAACCCAGACUGGUUUGGGAUAGAAGGGACCUGAAAGUCCAUCUCAUUCCACCCCCUCCAUGAGCAGGGACACCUUUCACUAGGCUAGGUAGCUCCAAGCCCUGUACAGCUUGGCCUUCCACAUACUAAUGGAGUCCUGUGUAAAGGGCCAGACAUCUCUGAUGGGAAGAUGCCUGAGAAUUCUGUCAGGCUUGGGCUGGGGGCUGCAUGGAGCUUUGUGUUUUAUUGGCUGGGACACUGCAAUUUCUUAUUAAAAUCUUUGGGUUAUUCAUGCAAGUCUUUUACUAAACAACCACUUCUUCCUACAGAAAGGAUUAGUUUUGUGAUUUGAGGGUUUUGGUUGGCUCUUAUUUUGAACCUCUAGUUCCUAAUGUUAAUCAGGUAGUGAGCAGAGUUCUUGCUUCUGUUGGCUACUCUAAGCAAGGGGCACUUGAUGAGCUGGUUGUUGUCUCUGAAGCAGGGAUCAUCUCUUUUCCCUGUCUGGGCUGUGUGUUCCCACAUGUCCUUCACAUCAGCUCCAUUAAGCUGUACAGGGAGACAGUUACAUUCAGGAACUGCAUGGAAAUGUGACAUCUUGCACCAUAUUUUCCUGCUGAAUUAGUGGACUCUGUUUUUCAGGGUCAAGCUGAUACCAAAAAGAGUGCAAGGGAGGAGGUAGGAAAGCAAAUCUGCUGUAGAGGGUUAGGGAGUAGGUGGGAGCAUGCCCACAGUGUGAGCACUGCAGCUGUAUCAGGUAAAUUCCUGUGUGCUGUGAGGACAAACAGCAUGAAUCCACUUGUUUUCCCACUGUGCUGUUGACAUAAGGAAAUCGGGGACUAAAUAGGGAAGUAGUUAAUGUGGAAAAAAGCCUUGCCUCUUGCAGGGGACAUACUUGCAUCUGAAAUCCAAACCAAGACACUGGACUCCAAGGUUGAUUACUAGUGGGAAGAGUGCUCCAGGGCAGCAGUCACUUUCCUGAGCAGAAGAUAAUUUUAAGCAUACCCUAAGCUCCCUUCCUUGCUGAUUUAGAUGGUAUGUGGAAAUUUUCCACUGUCUGUAAGUUGAUUCAGCUAAUCCUGCUGUUUCUGUACCUUCUGGUGCAGGCAAUAGACUCUGCAUGGCUGCUGUAAUGCCAACUGGUGCUUAAGAUUGUAUUAAACUAGUGCCUGUUUUAUCUUGCCAAGCUUUCCUGUGCUCUACUAUCAUGCUGGAGUCAUGAGCCUUUUCUUGCUCUCCCUUGCCUGUUUCCUAUGGGGCAAUAGGAAACUGUUAUGCCAUGGAAGAAAUGGUACUGUUGAACAUCAGAUAUAGUGAGGGUCAUCUUUACUGCAGUGUUUGGGAGAUCAGUGAGACAGGCUGAGCUCUGCAAGUUCCCCAGAAGGCAGAUUCUUUGGUCAGCUGUGUUCUUCACUCCUCUCCUUCCCAGUGAUGUGCUGGGCAUUAUACAUAGUGUGGCCCUAAUUAAAAUAUGGGGAGGAGGAGAGAUGGGCACAUUUGACAGAACCUCUGAGAGAAGAGCUUUCAGGAGCAAUGGCAUCUUCCCCAACACAACCGAGUCAGCCAGGAUUCUGAGCAGUUGGUUUCAUGGCAUUACACAAACCUGUCACACACCCCCAGUUAGGUGUUCCCUGUGGCCUUGAAGGGCUUUCUGAGGAUUGUAUGAGUUCAUCCGACCUGGGAUGGUUCCCUUUGUGCUUCACUGUCUCUGCCUGGAUUGUGUGUCUAUCCUUCCUUUCCCAAGGGGUUCUCAGAAAGAUUUGACAAUGCAGCUAUGCAGCUGCUUUAGUAUUACAUUGGAUUGAUGUACAAAUCUCCUGAGUUUGCUGUCCUUUCUGUGCUCUGUGUCACAUCCCAGAGUGGUUUUGGAGUGUGCUAGUGGGAUUUGCACUAGAUGAAAUGUAAGUGGAUAUUGCCCUCCAGUAGAGAAUGGAUUUGGGUCAUUGGGGCGUGACUGGAGGAAAUUUGAAGGGCUCCCAAAAUCUCAGCGUUGCUGUUGGGUUGGUUUUGCUUGGUGGAUCUGCUCCUGCUGCUCCUGCUGCUUGCUGCUGCACACAGCUAACAACAGACCAAUGAUUUUGUCAUGUUCCCAAGAGACAGCAGUGUUCUCUGGUACUUGGCCACCAUCUAGGUCUCCAUGGGAGAUGGCAGCAGCUGCUUCCUUUUAAAACCAGACUGAGGGUACUUGCAAGAGCAUUGUCAGCACUGGCCUGACCCAGCCUUCCUGCUGCCUUAACUUGUGUGAACCAGCCUCUCUCUCUCCCUGUCUGGCUCUUUUCCAUGGGGUGCUUCUGGGGUGCUUGGAAGGUGUCUUACUUUGCUUCCCCUGACUGCCCCUACUCCACAUCCUCUGAAAAGCAUUCCUCACUGUUGUUCCUCUUUAAAAAGAUCCAGCAUGACAGAGGAAAUUACUGCUUCAAAAACUGCAAAGAAUAAUCCUGAACUGAUUAAUUUAUGAAUAAACAAGUUCUAGCUACUGAAA